AUGAAUGCCUUUGCAGAUCCGCCUGAAGGCCUGACAGAUCAGAUGUUUUUUUUGAACGUAAUGUGUGUUCAAGUACUCUCGGACGUAUUGAUUACCUGGGAUGACAGUGAGAUGAUAAAGAAGCCACACUGGUGGAAGCGCAAUGGGAUGCUCAAGAGAAUCACAGAAGUGGCAGUUAAUGAGUUCAAUCCUUUUGUGCCAAGCGGCAUGAAUGCUGAAGAAAUAUAUCCUUCAAUUGAACGGACCCGUGCAUACCUGCUCUGUGGCAUCCUGGAUCGAGGAAGCCUUCAAAGCACUCUUGAAGCCAUCGCCAACUGCAACCGUACGCGUGAAGAGAUGAAGGAAGCAGCCAUACGCUUUAGGAUUCGUGCCAUCAAUCUGGGGGCUCAGGAGUUUGGCAACUACGUGCAACAGACUGGAAUCAUGAUGUCUUUUCUGGGAAUGUAUGCUCUGAGUAACCCUGAAUUCGGCGGCUUCCGUCCUGAUUUCUUGAUGGAUGUUGCGAAGCUGCUUCAUUCCGAGGAAAGAUCCACGGUUGGUCACGCCGCUGAGGAAACUCCUUGCUUUGAAGCUGGACAGUGGUUUACGUAG